CCUCCUAUAGCAGCACAAUUGCACCUUAUAGCAGUACAUCCAAGGUGAUGUCUCUCUGUUCAGACCAGAAAGAAGAUGGAGAGAGCACCUCCGGCUCCUCAGAAGCCAAAACAGACCGCUAUGGAUUCCUGCUUGUUAAUGGAGACACGAAUAAUGACAGCAGUGAUGAUCCCUGUCCUGAGUUGGUGAGACACCGUGAAAUGAAAUGGAUAAGCCUUAUGAGCCAAUGGGAUCAGGUACUAGAGAAGAAGCACAGUAAGAUUAAAGCUCAGUGUCAGAAGGGCAUCCCAGCAUCUGUCAGGAUCAAGUGCUGGCCCCUGCUUUGUGGAGCGAAACAGAGGAAAGAGAAUAAUGAAAAUCUCUACAAAACUCUGGAGUCAUCACCAGGUCAGCAAAGCUGGAUUGAUGUCAUUAAGAGAGACACAGAUCGGCAGUUUCCGUUUCAUGAGAUGUUUCAAUCUGAAGACAGCUUUGGUCAGCAGGGCUUGUUGCAGGUUCUGAAAGCGUACACCGAGUUUCGGCCUGAUGAAGGGUACUGCCAGGCGCAGGGUCCGGUGGCUGCAGUGCUACUAAUGAACAUGCCUAUGGAGGAAGCGUUCUGGUGUUUGGUACAGAUCAGCGAACUCUACCUCCCUGGCUACUACAGCCCCCUACUGGAAGGAGUUCUGUUUGACGCUGCAAUUCUCUUCAGCGUGCUAAAGAGGACGUGUCCAGCUGCAUAUAAACACAUGCAGAGACAGGGGGUGGAGCCUCUUAUGUUUGCCACCGAUUGGCUGAUGUGCCUGUAUAGCCGCCACCUGCCCUUCAACACAUUGCUCAGAGUUUGGGACCUCUUCUUCUGCAAUGGUGUACGUGUGCUGUUUCAGGUGGCUGUGGUUUUAGUGCGACGAUGUUUGGGGGAGGCUCGACAACGGAAAGAGUGUGAGGGCCAGAUGGAGACGCUGGAGAGACUGCGGUCAGUUAGGGGGUGUGUUCAAAAUGAACACGCUGACACCUUCAUUCAAGAGGUGUGUUCGGUACCCCUGUCCUUGGCAGAGCUCCAGCGUCAGACGGAAAAGCAGUUAGAGAAAUGGCGGAAAGAGCGUCCAGGCUCGACCUUUGACCCACGCAGUCGAUGCCAUGGAUACCACAUGAUAUGGGAGAAAGGAAAAGAAAAAGAGAAGGAAAACAUAAAGAAGGAGAGACUGGGCGUGAACCUGAGUGUUUCUGUGAUGCGUUCGCACUCGUCUCUCUCCCCGGCAAUCCUUCGUAAAAAAUGGAGGAAGAGAGGGAGUAAAGUAGAGACUGAAGACUGGGAAGGGCGAGGGUUCUCAAAACAGGACAGUGACGAUGAAGAGAAGAGGAGGGCGAGCGUGUGCGGUGUAGCCGGAGAGCUGCGGGCGAGGACGGACAAGACAUCGCAGGAGUUUAGUACACACUUACAGAAAAAAUGUAUCGUAGACCCAAACACACAGCGUGUAGCAGCUACGGAAACACAGUCGGGUCCUGAGUUGUUAGAUCAAAGUGACGUUGUGUUCGAGGAGGAGGAAAAUGACUCAACUGACACAGAAACAAGGACAUCUCCCAGUUUGAAGGAAGAUCAUUUACAACCAGGUCAACAGGAAAUAGAAGAACUUCGUGGCAUUAAGACACGACAAGUUGAAGAAAAGCAAGUACAGACUCCCAGUGAGGACCAGGAUGCAGACAUUUCAACACCAGACCAACCAGAGGCUGGAAGACAACAAGAGGAAGAGGAGGAUGCGAUAAACAAACUUGAAGAGGAUACACAGGAGAACAGAAAUCAACAAGAGGAGGAAAUUGACAACAAACAUGAAGAGGAGGUACAACCCAAUACGAAUACACAUGAACAGGAGAUGAAAACUGCUCAACAGGAAGCAGAAGUUGAGGUAGAUGAUGACACACAGGAACAGAAAAUCCACAUCGGCACUUGUGAACAGGAGCAGGAAAUUGAAAUAAACAGUAAACAUGAACAGGAAAUGCAAGUGGUUAGUAUAAAACAGGAAGAGGAAAUAGGGACAAAUAGCAAAGAACAAGAGGAUGACAUUCAUCUGGGCAGCACUGAAGAUGAAGCAAUUUGUAAGAACAAUGAAAAGGACCAGGAAAUAAAAGCACAGAGUAGUGAACAGAAAGUGGAAAUACAGGAACAACAGGAAAUAAAGACAAGCAGUAUGGAACAGGAAGUGGAAAUACUGCAGGAAAAUGACAGCAAGGCGAAUUAUGGCAAAAAGGAAGUGGAGAUUCUUGUAGUAAAUGAUAUCAAGGUGAACAGCAGUGAACAGGAAGUGAAAAUUCUUGAAGAAAAUGACAUUAAGGCGAACAGCAUCGAACAGGAAGUGGAAAUUCUUGAAGAAAAUGACAUUAAGGCAAACAGCAUCGACCAGGAAGUGGAAAUUCUUGAAGAAAAUGACAUUAAGGUGAACAGCAUCGACCAGGAAGUGGAAAUUCUUGAAGAAAAUGACAUUAAGGUGAACAGCAGUGAACAGGAAGUGGAAAUUCUUGAAGAAAAUGACAUUAAGGUGAACAGCAUCGACCAGGAAGUGGAAAUUCUUGAAGAAAAUGACAUCAAGGUGAACAGCAGUGAACAGGAAGUGGAAAUUCUUGAAGAAAAUGACAUUAAGGUGAACAGCAUCGACCAGGAAGUGGAAAUUCUUGAAGAAAAUGACAUCAAGGCGAACAGCAGUGAACAGGAAGAGGAAACACAGUGUGAAGGCAAACAAGCAAAUAGUGAUAAUGAAGAAGAGAUUCAUAAAGCACGUCUCAUAAAUGAAGCAGAUGUGCCUCAAAAUGAGCAGCAGCAACAAGAAGAAAAAAUUUAUGUUGAACAAAAUUUGGAAAAGGAAGAGAAAAUGCAUUCUGACGUACAAACUCUAGAAGAUCAGGAGGAUGCAGAGGAACAAGCCGCCUCUCUUAAAGAGGAAGAUCAUGGGAUAGGUGAAAGUGAAAUUAAUACAGAUGAAAGAGAGCAUUCGGAAAAGAUACAGAAAGAGGAACAGAUUAGUGAUGGACGAGGGGAAAACACAGAAGGAAAAAGAAGUAGCAAUAUUUCCACAGUAGAUCAAGAGGAGACUGAAAAAGCAGAAUCUUCACCUUGUGUUCAAUCAGAGACACUGAUGGAGCAUUCUGGAGUAUCAGAGAUGCCAAAGGAACCCGACCCAACACAGGAAGAAAGAAUGAAGGUUAAUGAAGCCUCCACACCUAAGCAUGGAGAACAUGACAUGACCAGUGGAUCGAGUAAUCCCGAGCCUCCACGUCCAGACAAGGAAGAGGACGUGGAAAAAGGGACAAAUAAUACAACUGUGGCAAACCCGAUAAAAAAUUCUCCCCCUGGCUCAAACCCUCAGCUCCGCCUUCGGAGGUCCUCCAGCUCGCACACCUCUUAUCCUACAAUUCUCUCAGAGGACACUUUCAGAGAUCCGCACCAGUGCAUCAAACAAGAGUCAUGCCCACAAACGGCCAAAGCAGAAGAACCAGACGUCACCAAACAAACACAAACCCAAAGCCCCAUACCCAAGGAUCCACCGGAACGGCAAAAGUCAGACAAACCCAAACGCAGGGGUCUGUUUCACCGACUCAGGGCUGAAGCACCUUCUAAAUCCACCAUCCCCAAAAUCGUGAUCCAGGAUUUCAGCGAAGGGGAGGAGAAGCUGAGUUCAAAAGAGAGGAGGCGGCGGAGAAGGAUGCAGGAGAGGAAAGAAAAGGAGGAGGAGAAGGAGAGGAAGAAGCUCGAGAAAGAGCUGGAGAAGGAAAAAGGGAGGGAGAGGAAAAAGCCCCAGACUAGAGGCAAGAGUUUUCAGGUGCUCAGCAAAAAGCAUGAAGAUAAUGAUGACGUUGUCUCGGGGAGGAGCGGCUCUCAGGGGGUCGGACCAAAAAGAAAAUCUUACUCUGAGAGUUACUUUUGACUGGAGGGCACGCUGAUGUUUCUCAGCAUUGUUUUUUUUGGGAUUGUAGUAUAGUAUUAUAGAAAGAAAGCUAAAGCCAUCGACCAAAACUGAAACAUUUACCAGAGCAACUUGCAAUGAUCUGAUUUACACAACUGAGCAGUUGAGGGGUAAGAGCCCUGCUUAAGGGCCCAAAAAUGACAGCUUGGUGGUGCUUGGAUCUGAACUCACGACCUUCUGAUCAACAUCUUAACCACUGGACUGCCACUUCCCCUGAAACAAAUAGACCUUUUCAACAUGUCUAGUUGAAGUCUUUGAUGGACCUAUAAAUCACAGCAUUUGAUAAUAAUAAUGAUGCAAUAGUUUCACACUGCUUUCUAGGGAAAUGCUUGUUCCUCUUUUCAAAGCAACCGGUAACAGCUGCUGUAUAUACAUUUGAUCACUGAGGCAAUUUAGCUGUUUAAAUGCUUCAGUGCGUUUAAUGAAAAAAAAAAAUGCUCUUAUAGAAAACUAGUCGACAUUGUGGAUUAUUUUUCUCCACAACCACGUCCCAUUUUCUCUCGUACACCUCUAUGAAUAAAAUGUAAGCAAUUUUUAAUAGCUAGCACUUCAUGCUUAUGUUUACCGUAAAUGUAUAAACAGUCGUUUCAUCACCAGCCUUGUUUUUCUCCAAUAUAUAUUGCUGUCAUGUCAUGUUGUCGAGAAAGCAGAAAUAAGUCCUUCCUCCUGAACACUUUUUCCCCAAUGAGGAAAAAACCUUGCAAAUCACUGACAUUGGAGACUCCUUCCAUAAAUAUUCAAUAAACAUCUCCUUAAAGGGA